CUGCGUUCCCGACUCGGCGCGCGAGUGUGGGGGAGCCGGUGUGCCCGGCCCCCGGGCUCGGUGCGCGUUUGGGGGAGUCGGUGCCCGGCCCCCGGGCGAAGCCGCAGGUUAUUUUUACCCGGUGGCAUUUGCAGAAUGCGCAGCUGAUUUGCCAUCCUGAGCCAGGAAGUUUUUUUUCCCCCGUUUUCUUUUCAUUUUCUUUCCUCUCUUCGAAUCCGCUGCCGCGGCCGGGCGAGGCUCAGGCAGCGCCGGGCAGGGGGCGCACAGAGGGGCGCUAUAGGGGGCAAAGAGACUUCACCAAGUGAAGGGAACUCAUCAGACUCACGCUGUGUCCAUCAAGGACCUCCGGGAAAAAAGCUCCUGAUUCCCAUCCCGGCUGUGUAGGUUGGAAUGGACUUCGAGCCCAGUGACUUGUGGAUGCAAGGAUGAAGUGACUUUACAGCUACAAAAAAGGCAAGAAACCAGGCCUUGAAAUCUCCGAAAGGUAGGAGAGACAUCCAGGCUGCAAUGGCUGAAAGAAGUAUAUGCACUGACGCAACCUCAGGAAAAUCCAAGAUGGCUGCCAAGCGCAAAGGCGGCCUGAAGCUAAAUGCAAUCUGUGCCAAGCUCAGCCGCCAGGUGGUCUUCGAUCAUGGGGGAUCGGAACAGGUGCGGUUGGACAAGGGUCCCCAGAGGGAAAGCGGCAACAAGGAACCGCCCCAGCCUGAGACCAAGGAGCUGGGGGCCAAGUUUUCUGAUGGACUUAACCGUGUUCAGAAGAUAGAGGAGGACAAGCGGAGGGAGGUGAUUGAGAAGUGGGUGAACGGGGAGUAUAAUGACGAGACCUUGCUGGGCCGAGCAGAGGGCAAGGAAUGUAAGGCCACCGAGAGCGUGGAGGUGCCCCCCGAAGGGGUUUACAUGGUACAGCCCAAGGGCUGCAGCGAUGAAGAAGAUAAUGGGGACGAUGCAGACGGCAGCUUCCCGGACGACAGGGAUUCGGAUGGGCCUGCCUCCAAGGAUGAAAGUUACCGACCUUCCAGCGGCCAGACGGGCUCCAAGCUGGCUGGAGGAGCUGCCUCAGGGGAAGCUUCAUCCCUGCGCGAUUAUGCCGCCACCACCAUGAACGAGUUCCUGGGCAUGUUUGGCUACAACGACCAGAACAUGCGGGAUGAGCUGACCCGCAAGAUCAGCUUCGACAAGCUGAACGCUGCUACCUCAGAGGCCUCCUCUGCCACUGCCUCUCUCCCUGGUGAGGACGCCAUGAGCAAGCGAGCCCGCUUCUCCAAAUACGAGGAGUAUAUCCGCAAGCUCAAGGCCGGCGAGCAGCUCUCCUGGCCCAUCCACCCGGCCAAGUCUGAGGACCUGAGCUCCAAGCUGGGCAAGGAAGCUUCAUCAGUGCUGACGCAGCCCAUCCGAGCACUGCCGGGGCCUGAUGCCACCCUGCUAACAGAGACCAAAGCCACCAUACUGCCCUUGCCCUCUCCGAGCAGCUCCCAGAUGCAAGGCCUGAUGUCGCGGGCCUCCAAGUAUGACUUCUUCAUCCAGAAGCUGAAGACGGGUGAGAGCAUCAGGCCGCAGAAUGGUAACACCUACAAGAAGACCUCCAAGUAUGACCUGGAGAACGUGAAAUACUUGCAUCUCUUUAAGCCUGGCGAGGGCAGCCCAGAUAUGGGAGGGGCCAUUGCCUUUAAGACAGGCAAGGUGGGCCGACCUUCCAAGUACGAUGUGAGGAACAUCCAGAAGCUCACUCCAGUCAAGGCUCCAACACCCAGCCUGGCCCCCAACCCUCUCGCCAGUACCCCCAGCAGUGCUCCAGUGGCUGGGCCCGAGCAGCCCGUCUCCUUGCCGUUCAACACCCCUGAGUACCUGAAGUCGACCUUCUCCAAGACGGACUCCAUCACGACCGGGACCGUCUCUACGGUCAAGAACGGAUUACCCACUGACAAACCAGCUGUCACCGAAGAUGUAAAUAUUUACCAGAAAUAUAUUGCCAGGUUCUCUGGGAGUCAGCACUGCGGACACAUACACUGUGCAUACCAGUACCGGGAACAUUACCACUGCCUCGAUCCGGAGUGCAACUAUCAGAGAUUCACUAGUAAACAGGAUGUGAUUCGGCAUUACAACAUGCACAAGAAACGUGAUAACUCCCUCCAGCACGGCUUCAUGCGCUUCAGCCCCUUGGAUGACUGCAGCGUGUACUACCAUGGCUGUCACCUGAAUGGGAAAAGCACACACUACCACUGCAUGCAGGUGGGCUGUAACAAGGUCUAUACCAGCACCUCUGAUGUGAUGACCCACGAAAACUUCCACAAGAAGAACACGCAGCUGAUCAACGAUGGGUUCCAGCGGUUCCGAGCCACAGAAGACUGUGGCACUGUGGACUGUCAGUUCUAUGGGCAGAAAACCACUCACUUCCACUGCAGGCGACCCGGGUGUACGUUCACUUUCAAGAACAAGUGCGACAUCGAGAAGCACAAGAGCUACCACAUCAAGGACGACGCCUACGCCAAGGACGGCUUCAAGAAGUUCUACAAGUAUGAGGAGUGCAAGUACGAGGGCUGCGUCUAUAGCAAGGCCACCAACCACUUCCAUUGUAUUCGGGCAGGCUGUGGCUUCACCUUUACCUCCACCAGCCAGAUGACCUCCCACAAGCGCAAGCACGAACGCCGGCACAUCCGCAGCUCGGGGGUGUUGGGCCUCCCCACCUCCCUCUUGGGAGCCAAGGAUAACGAGCAGGAGGAGUCCAGCAACGAUGACCUCAUUGACUUCUCCGCCAUGAGCUCUAAGAACUCCAGCCUGAGUGCCUCCCCUACCAGUCAGCAGUCUUCCGUCUCCCUGAUCAUCCCGGCUGCGCCUUCUUCCGCUGCUGAGCUUGCCUCCUCUCAGGCCUGCAAGCCCACCAACAGCAUGCCACCGGCCACCAAGAUCUCCGGCCUGCUCUCCCAGGCCCUCCCCAGCAAUAUACCUUUGGCCCUGGCACUCGCCAACUCAGCACUUCCCGGAACGGCCAGCUCCUACUUCCCCAUCAUCCCCAGCCGGGUCUCCACGCCACAUCCCGCCAGCUCAGCCAAUCUAAUGACUGCUGGUUCCUCCAGCACCAAUCCAACAUCCUCUACUGCUGCCAAUUCCCCCUCCCAAGCCGUCUCAGGGUCCAGUGAGCCGACAGCCACCUCUUCCCCAGGUCCAGCAGCAUCCAUUAUGGAGAGGAUCUCCGCCAGCAAAGGAUUGAUCUCACCCAUGAUGGCCAGGCUGGCAGCGGCGGCCCUCAAGCCAUCCAUGGUGCUUGAAGCAGGGAACGGGCAACUGAUGACUCCCGGCCGGUUCAAUCCAGUUCAAAUGAAGCAGGAGCCCGUGGAGAGUGUGGUAUCCUCAUCCCCGGCAACCCAGGUUUCCUUGCAGGAGCACAGCCUGGACCUGAGCGUGAAAGAUCAUGGUAAUGAAUCAAAUGGCCACACAGUCUCAGCAAAUUCAUCUCUUUUAUCCUCGCUUAUGAAUAAGAUGAACCAGGCCAAUGCCAGCCUUGGCAGCCUGCCAAGCUUGAAGACAGAAGGAGAUGGCAACCAGGCAGGGGCUGGUGAGCCAACACAAUACCUGGGCAAAGCAGUGAAGGCGCUUGUUCAGGAGAAACUCUCUGAGCCCUGGAAGAUGUACUUGCGCAGGUUUGGUACCAAGGAUUUCUGUGAUGCCCACUGCGACUUCCUCCAUAAAGUGCAUUUCCACUGCGUGGUGGAGGAAUGUGGUGCCCUCUUCAGCACCUUGGAUGGGGCCAUCAAACAUGCCAAUUUUCACUUCCGAACAGAGGGUGGAGCUGUGAAAGGAAACUCUGAGUCUCCCUUCCCAAGUGCUGCAGAGACCAAGACUUCCUUGGCCCCCUCAUCGCCAUCCACUACUUCCAUCACUAUGGCAAGCGCUCCCACCCUGGAUGUGCCCACUCCGAGCCCAGCGACUGUGCCCUCUGCCCCCACAUUGCUAGCUUGGAAGCAGCUGGCUUCCACCAUACCCCAGAUGCCUCAGAUCCCAGCACUGGUGCCUAACCUGGCAACUUCACCCUUGGCAACAACUUCCCUAGAGAACGCCAAGCCUCAGGUCAAACCCGGAUUCCUUCAGUUCCAGGAGAAUGACCCCUGUCUGGCGACGGACUGCAAGUAUGCCAACAAGUUCCACUUCCAUUGUCUGUUCGGGAACUGCAAGUACGUGUGCAAAACCUCUGGCAAAGCAGAGUCGCACUGCCUGGACCACAUCAACCCCAACAACAACCUGGUGAAUGUGCGAGACCAGUUUGCUUACUACUCGCUGCAGUGUCUCUGUCCAAACCAGCACUGUGAAUUCAGGAUGCGGGGACAUUACCAUUGUCUUCGGCCUGGCUGCUACUUUGUGACCAACAUCACCACCAAACUGCCCUGGCAUGUGAAGAAACAUGAGAAGGCAGAGCGAAGAGCAGCCAAUGGUUUCAAGUACUUCACCAAACGGGAAGAGUGCGGCAGGCUAGGUUGCAAGUAUAACCAGGUGAACAGCCAUUUCCACUGCAUUCGAGAGGGCUGCCAGUUUUCCUUCCUGCUCAAGCACCAAAUGACAUCCCAUGCCAGGAAGCACAUGAGGAGGAUGCUGGGGAAAAACUUUGACCGAGUUCCCACGCAGGUUAUUGGCCACACUUCAAGAAAUGAAAAUCUCCCCCAUGUUGGCAGCAUGGCACCCAGCCCAGCUUCAUCAGGAACCCCAGCUUCCUUUCAGGGACCCCAAAGCAUGAUGGACACUGAAACAGAUGAGUACAUGGAUUACACUGGCUGUAGCCCUGGAGGCAUCUCCUCUGAAUCCUCCAAUAUGGACCGCAGCUGCUCCAGCACUCCAGUGGGCAACGAAAGCACAUCAGCAGGCUGCCUGGUUCCUCCUCCUCCUCCUACUGCUGCCGCUGCCGAUGACGCUACCCACAAUGCACCACAACCUCCACCGCCUCCUCUGCCUCCAUCUUUCUCACAAGCCUUGCUCAGGUCUCCUCUCCCCUCCCUCCCCUACCUCUUCUCUCCAUCUUGUCUCUCAUACUCUCUGCUCAGUGCCACUCUUGGAUCCAGCAGGGGCAUUGUCAUGCCUGCCACCAGCACACCUGCUUUCUCGCCCAUCAUUGCCACUCCAACUCCAGUAAAAAGUGACGUUCCCCUAGUUCAGGAUGCAGCAGGGAAUACCAUCACCAUGCCAACUGCCUCGGGGGCCAAAAAGCGCUUCUGGAUCAUCGAGGAUAUGUCUCCAUUUGGCAAGCGCCGCAAGACAGCCUCCUCGCGCAAGAUGCUGGAUGAGGGGAUGAUGCUGGAGGGUUUCCGGCGCUACGAUCUCUAUGAGGACUGCAAGGACACCAACUGCCAGUUCUCCCUCAAGGUCACCCACUACCACUGCACCCGGGAGAACUGUGGCUACAAGUUCUGCGGCCGCACCCACAUGUACAAGCACGCCCAGCACCACGACCGCGUCGACAACCUGGUGCUGGAUGACUUCAAGCGCUUCAAGUCCUCAUUGAGCUGCAACUUCCCCGACUGCCAGUUCUCUGGCAACAGCACGCACUUCCACUGCCUGCGCUGUGGCUUCCGCUGCACCGACAGCACCAAGGUGACCGCCCACCGCAAGCACCAUGGCAAGCAGGACGUCAUCAGUGCUGCCGGCUUCUGCCAGUUCAGCUCCAGUGUGGACUGCGAGGUGCCCGACUGCAAGUACAAACUCAAGUGCUCCCACUUCCACUGCACCUACCCCGGCUGCAAACACACUGUGGUGGGCAUGUCACAGAUGGACUCACACAAGCGUAAGCAUGAGAAACAGGAGCGGGGGGAGCUGCCAGCCAUCUCUCCUGGCCCCGAGGGCCUCCAUCACUCCACCCUGGAGUACGACGUCCAGAACUCUUCCGUCAACCUGGACAGCUCCCUCAACCUCAGCACUGAUGCCAACAGCUCCCUCUUCUUCCUGCAGAACGCAGCUGGCGUGGGCCUCAAUGACUCCUUGGACCUCAGCAAGAAGCUACCGGAGGCUGCUGCUGGCCCAUCACCCAGCAGAGCAGGGACAAGCCCUCAUGAGAGUGGGGUGAUGGUAUCCAACUCCGGCGAUGUGGAGGAUGAAGACGACUCAUCCCAAGAUGAGGACGAGGAGGAGGAGGAGAUAAACGAGGAAGAGGAUGACGACGAUGAGGAUGACGAUGAUGACGACGACGACGAAGACGAGGAGGAAGACCUGAAUACAGACUCUGAAGAGUCACUCCCCGACCCUGAAGGCUUGGCCACUAAAGAGGAUGGGGAAACAGGGGAGGCCUCUACUUCCAUAGACCACGGCGAUGCUUCCAGGCCUCUGGGCGAGCCAAACCCAGACCUCACGUCAGCCCCCACCCCUGCUCUGGACCCCACCCUUGCCCUGACCCCAACCCACACCCUCGCACCGGCAGCUUCUCCUUAACCUUAGAGACAGCAGCAGGUUUGGUUUUGCUCUUAAAUGAAAUUACUAAGAGGACCCCUUAUGAGGAGAGAACAAAGCACCGUGACGGUAAGCGACAAAACGAACUCAACACCGCACGCACGAGGCCCCACGGGCCAGACAUGGUCGCAUGGGGCCAGCGCACCAUCACUUCAUUCUGCGAUGACAGAAGAUAGGGCAGGACGCAGAGACAUAAAACCCUUCUAGAUGAACACUAGCUCUGAGGGUGACAUCUGCUCUCCUUUCCUCCCCUCAUUGUGGGGCGUGUGCCCAGUCUCGGGACCCCUUCUUUUGGGGUGGGCUUUUCCCCCUUCUUUUAUUUCUGGAUUUUAUUUUUCCAUGUUUUUAGUUGUAUGAUACUAAUAAUAAUCUCCACUCCUCGGAAGGGGGGUGCGGGGAUGACAGGUGAUGAAUUUUAGAAUUAUGUGGGUUUUUUUAAGUGCGUGUAAGGAACUGGUGGCACAAAGGCAACUAGCUAAGCCUUUACCGGGGGGGGGGCGGGGGGGGAGUGUCUUUUUCUUUUUUCCAGCAUUAAAUAAAUGGGAGAGACUGAUGCACCAGACAGCAAGGGUGGGAGGGGGUAUUUAUUGUCUUACAAACGAGGAAGCAUUAAUGAAUCAGCGGGGCUGGGAAUGGAACACUUCUCUGUUCUUCCAGAUCCUCUUUAUUAUUAUUAAUAAUAAUAAUUUUUUAAAUGCUAUUUAUAUUGUUAAGCUUCCCUUUGUCUAGAACUGUCGGAACAGCUGUAGGUCACCUCCCCCAGCUCCUGCUGAUCUCCUGGUAGUGAUCUAGCUGCAGUCAUAGGAGGGAAGGUCGCCAUCGCCAUAUGGUGGUUAAAGGGUCUGUCACUCACACUGGAGGACUGGGGUUUAACCCCUGCUCCCAUCCCCAGGUGCUACCCCUCUUUCUCUAGGUUUAGGCUCUUUCUUUUUGGUGCUUCAGAGACAGCACCCCUUUCUCAGGCAGGCUGUGAAUGGAGGCAGGUGCAGAAGGAGAGAUUAGCAUCCUUUGCCUUGGUGCAGCUGGAGGGAAAGAGCAAUGCCACCCCAGCAAUGCCUUGCUAAAUGCUACUUGCCCUCUGACGCAGGGCGAUUGAUUUUUUUAAAUGAUGAGCAAGCAGAGUAUCCUCAGUGUUUUCCUCCUCAAGGUGAGGGUGGGCAAGUAGAUUCUGUGCAAAGGCUAAUGAAUUUCCCGAAGGGAAGAGAGAGCAAAACCAUCACCCACACAGAAAGGGUGGGGGAUUAAGGCAGACGCUGGGCUGGCAGUGGAACGACUUGGCUCUCUCCUCAGAUGCUGGAUGGAGAGCUAUUGAUUGCUCAGGUCCUGCACCCGACUACCUUUGGCUCCUGUGGCAUGGCAAGCAGUGGAACUUGGGAGCAGUCCUACAUGCAGUGCAGCAGGGUGUCGAGCCUCCUCCACCUGAGCGAAUCGCACCAAGGCCGGCAGCACAGCAGGCAUGGGGCAGCAUAGUGCAGGACGCAGUGCCUGUAGGCAGCACCAUGGUAGCUGGAUGGGCCUACAGCACUCAAAUGGUUACAAGCGCUCCCGCUGUUCUCUUUCCCCAACCCCGCCAAUAAAGGGUUUACACACACACACACACUACAGGAGACUAUCCAGCAUUCUCAUAGAUGACAGUUGCUGUUUGACCCCCCAAGUCCUGAGACAGAGAGCUUGUCUAUACAUGUGCACUGGCCCCAAAAGGACUAAAGGUGUGAAUUAAGCUUGAUGCAGUGAUUUUGGUGCCAGUGUGUAGACCAGCUGGGCAUUUCGCUCCCUUGUGUCUAAGACUUGGCCCUUGUUUAUUUUGUUCUGUUUUAAUUAUUUUUUCUAAUAACAAACCCCCUAAGCCCAAGGAAUCCCUGUCAUUCAUUUCUACCCUACACAGAAAGAGGCCUCAAGCAGUUUGGGUUGUUUUCUUAUUAUUUCCCUAAGGAGCCAGCAUGGAGCUGGGUCCGAACGAUAGACAAGCUCCUCAGCUGUUUAAAUGCAGGGAGAUGUUUGGAUAAUUCUUAAAAAGGAAAGGGGGGGGAGGAGAGAAAAAGGAAAAAAAGUAACAAAAAAAAUUGUACAGUAUUUUUCCUUUAAAGGUUAUUCUAUAUAGAACAAAGAGAAACAACGCCUGCUAGAGGGACCUGGGCCUGCCUUCUGGAUAGCCCUUAGAGUCUAGAUUUGGUUACUUGUGUGCAAUUUUUUUCUCUCUUUCAGGGUUUGGGUUUUUUUAAGCAUUUAUUGGUAGUGGGCAGCAGAGGGGGGAGGGGCCUUAACCCCAUGGUUUGAGGCUGUCUUCAUACUCCUAGCACUGACUGGAGCUGCACGAUUCCGAAUUUUAACUUGAAUUUUGUAGAGAUGAAACAAACAAAUGGCUGUUGUGAAAAGAAGUUUGUAGUUUAAUUUAAUAUGGUGGGGGGUGGGGGUUUGCUAGCAGUUAUUUGUGUGGCUUUUAUUUUUCAUAUGGUUUUAUUUUUGUUACUCUCCUUCGCACCCCCCCCUUCUUGUUUUCUAGUACAGCCCUCCCCUGCCGUUACCAAUAUAAGGAAGCUAGCUUCCUCAGUGGGUACAGAGAGGGACUUGGGGCAUGUUGUCCCAGAGGCAGGAUGGGUUAGAUUGGCUGUACUUAGAGCAUUUAGCGGCAGGUUUUAUACUGUGUUGCCCUUGUUCAAGCACUUACCUACUAGCGUGAUGGGUGCUAUAGAAAACCCUCUAGUCCUAACAUGGCUCCAAACCUGCAGAUACGCACAGCAGUGCUUAAUUUGCACCAUUGAAGUCAACAAAGUUUUGCCAUUUACUUCAAUGGAACUACUCCCAAGCUUAGACCUCCCUACAGUCAGAAGGGUGUUCAGGACUGGGAGCCACGGGAAGGGGUAAGAUCAUGGAGAUGGAGAGCUCCCUGUAGCUAGUGGUUGCUAUGCAGGACGAACAUGGCCAAGCCCUGUUUGAAAUCCGCUCCACGGGGACCUCUGCUUGCUGCUAUAAAUCAGCUAGGAGCCUGCCUCUUCAAUCUCACUAGCCUCCACUGACUGAAUCCUAUACCUAGUGGGGUUCAGGAAGUGGGCGGGCGUAAGCGGCUGGGUAGGGCAGGGGUGUGAGAAGACAACCACCACUCCCUCCCCCACCAUCAACCCCACAGUGCCUCAAGCAGAAGCUGCAUUUAUGACUCAUUGCUGUCUCUCACCCCCCCCCCCAUCCAUCUCUGACCCAUACAUCAAACCCUCUUCCCACCAAGCCUCCACCCACCUUAGAUAGUUCUUAUUUUCAGGAGCUGGCACUGGGAAAGGACAGGCUGGUACCAGACUCAGCCUGCCGAACAAGGGCCUGAUCUGACAACGCGCUGAACCCUCCCCUCCCCGCCCCCCAGCGAGUGCCCACCACCUCACGAUGGGGCCUCAGGUUGACCUGCACUGCCUGUCCCUGAUUGCAUUUCCUUUUAUUUCUUUCUUUACAACUGAAAAAUCAAGAUGGGUUAAAACCAACAAGUCUCUUUUUUGCCACAUAAAGACCCUGAUUCAGCAAAGCCUUUAAGCAUAGGCUUAAAUUGCGUGGUUUUUUAAAUGAGAGGUAAACAUAUCCUUAGGGGAGUUGCUGAACAGGGAUGGAUUUAAGUGCGUUCCUGAACUCAGGCCAUGUACAGGACUCCAGUUCAGCAAGCUGUGUAUGACUUUAAGCACUGGAGUCAGUGGGGCUGCUCAUAUGAUGAAAUUUAGGCGUGUGUUUAAAGUAGCUUGCUGACCUGAGGACCAGGGAAUUCAACUGACUGACUUAGGAGCGGGAGAGACGAGACCGAAUUAGUCUGUUCAAAACAAACAAACCCAAAAGCCCUUGAGACAAACCCUCCCAAUUCUGCCACCAUUCACUGCUGAAGAGAGAAAAAAAAACCAACUAGGCCGUUAUAGACACAUACUCAACUGGAUUAAUGUUUGUGUAGAAAGAAUUUUGUUUAAAAAAAAAAAAGUUUAAAAUAAACUUUUUUUCAAUGUAGCAAAAAAACAAAA